UCUAUCUACCCAUGACCGCGACCGCGACCGCGACUGCCCCCUUCGCAUCGAUCACUUCCUAUAUAAGCCUCGCCCUCGAGUCUCGACUCACGCUACACGCCACAGUCCCAUUCACGCUCCCGCACACACCCUCUCUUCAUCUCCAUCCUCACCCCUUAACCGAAACUACGCAAAACGCCAACGGCACCUUCCUCUUUCCCCUCCCCGCGAAUAGCCGGCUGAAUAUGGUGGCGGAGGGUAGCGGUGGCGGUGGCGGUGGCGGUGGCGUGCCGGGAACUACGGUUCCGUCGAGUGUUAAGCGGGAGGAGCCCGUGGUGGAAACAGGGACGACCGUCAACGGAAAAGUUGGUCUUGAUCUUGAUGGUGACGGUGGUGGUGAAGGUGGUGCAGUCGGUCGUGGCCCUUCGAGCUCGUUCUCUGGGCUGCCCGUCGUCAGCAAAGAAGAAAAAGAAGAAGAAGAAGAAGAAGAAGAAGAAGAAGCUGAGGAGGACGCGGAGAUGGUGACGGAUCGCGUCGCCGCCUGCGGCAACGGUAACAACGGGUCGUCUUCCUGCUCUUCGACGUCGCCGCCGCCGCCGCCGGAGGGGGUGCCGAAGCCGAUGGAGGGGUUGAACGAGGCGGGGCUACCGCCGUUCUUGAAGAAGACGUUCGAGAUGGUGGAGGACCCGGAGACGGACUCGGUGGUGUCGUGGAGCGAGAGUCGGGACAGCUUCGUGGUUUGGGACCAGCACGAGUUUUCCAAGGACCUCCUGCCCAAAUACUUCAAGCACCAGAACUUCUCCAGCUUCAUUCGCCAGCUCAACACUUAUGGUUUCAGGAAAAUUGAUCCAGACAGGUGGGAAUUUGCCAACCAAGGCUUUCGGGGAGGGAAGAAGCACUUGCUCAAGAACAUCAAGAGAAGAGGUAGAAUCACCAAGAAACAACAAGGACCCACAAUUCCCGAGGAUAUUCAAACAAUGGAGAUGGAUUUUCAAAGAACAGAGGUGGAAUCCGAAAUUCGGACACUCAAGGAAGAUCAGGAGAUACUGAAGUCGGAUAUUCUCGAACUGAGGCAGCAACAGGAAUGUUCGCUGAGUGAAAUUGGUUCUGUUGAAGAACAGAUUCGGUGUGCGGAGUGCCGGCAACAACAGAUGUUCCUCUUCCUGGCCAAAGCAGUGAAGAACCCCCAUUUUGUGGAGCAGCUGGUUCAGAAGAGGAAGCCAAGCAGAGAGAUUCAGGCAGGCAAAUUCAUCAAGAAAAGGAGGCUCCUCACGUCCGAGCCGGACCCCAACAGGUGCGACUUUGAAGGGACCAAUGACGACAAGUCCAGUGCUUGUGGAGAUGGCCAGAAAGGGAUUUUAUCGGAGCGUGUGGAUCCGAAGCCAGAUGGGUUUGCAAAUCCUUUGUCAAAUGAGAAUUUUACUGAUGCACUCGAAUUAAAGUUUAACAAUGUGAUGCUGCACGAGGAUGCGUCCACAAUCUAUGAUGCAAUGUCAGAGAAGCUGCUCGAUGACAGUAGCCUGAUCGCCGAAGGAGAGAUCGGCGAAGAACUUGCCAUCAAUGACAGUAACAUAUACAUGGAACUGGAGUACCUGAUUGGGGAGCCAUGCGACUGGGGCAGGGUGAACGAACUCAAGGAGCAACCCGUGGCAUUAAUGCCUUCACCGGCUGUAUGAUCUUUUCUCACCCUGCGAAGAUGUACAGAUGGGAGGUUCUUCCUUGGAAGGUUGAAUUAGACUUUGCUCUUGAGUGCAUGAGCUGGUUCCAGAAGUGCAGGCUCAAAAAUGUCUAAAAGACCAUUCUUCCAACCCGUGCAUAAUCUGUUAGGUUCAAGUCAAGUCCAUUAGUUCUUAGCCUCUUAGUUACACAGCUCUGUUGCAGAGUUAUAUGUAAAUUCCUGUGGUGAUAGUACCUCUUAGAUGUUAGCAAGUUCACUUAAGUCUUUACUUCUACAAUACCACUAAGUUUGCACAGCUCUGUUUCAUAGAUAUAUCCAGUAUUGUAUGACAGUACCUCACCAUAGAGCAAUGAUCUUUUUACCAAGUUCCAAUGGCGUUCGUUCA